CCAUGUGCGAUCGGCGCACCACCGCGGAGAUCGCGCGGCUGGCCGACCGUCGGCCAGACCCGCCUCGCCGUCCGCAGCGCGGCGGCGAGAUUUCCAGCGACUCGGACGACGCGCCCGCCGCCCGCGGCGAUCUGAUCUGCGACUCGAUGUACCUGCUCCCAUUCUCGAACCGGCUUCCGACGAACGUCGCAACACAGCCGGUGCCGCUCCCGACGCCUGCGACGCGGGGCGCCGCCGACACCGACGGCGGCGACGCCGACGGCGCCGGCGAGAGCGACGGGUGCGGCCUGCUCGAGCAGGCGCUGCAGCUGCUGCGGGAGGUGCACGCGCACGUCUGCACGCGGCACACGGGGCGGAUCGACUGGCACGCGAUUGCAGCCUCGCUCAACGAACACCGCGCGUGCGCCGCUUGCGCCGCCGGCGCCGCAGCGGGCGGCCAGGCGCCGCAGCGAAAGCUGCCGCCGCCUCUAUGCGCUGCGGCGGUCCGGCGGCUGUGGCGGGCGGUGGCGUAUUCGCGCACCGAGGAGGAAGUCGGCGAUGCACCGGAGACGUCAGACUCGCACCGCGUCGCCCGCUCUGCGCUGCUGGCGCGGAUCGGCGGCGCGGUGGCGUCGCACGCCGCAGGCGAGAGCGACGACGCGUCCGACAUCGAGGGCUACCUCCUGUCGGAGCGGCAGCGCCAGUCGCUCACGCAGCAGUCCGUUGUCGACGACCUCGCCGCGCGCCGCAAGGGCACCCCUCGCCUCGUUGGGAGCGCCUUCCCGCCGCCGCCCGGGCUGCUGCCGCCGCCGCCGCCCGCGGACGGGUCCGGCCCACUCGACCUCGGCCUAGGGCCGCCGCGGAAGAAGCCUGCCGACCCGGAAACGAAACACGGGCGGCACGUGUUUCUUCUUAGGCUUGGGGCCGCCGCGGAAGAAGCUCGCCCCCCUGAAAAAAGAAACACGGGCGGCACGUGUUUGUUUUAG